CGACACCAGCAGGAGGCUGGGCACCAGCAGGAGGGAGAUCAACACCAGCGGGAGGCUGGACACCAGCAGGAGGGAGAUGGACACCAGCAGGAGGGAAGUGGACAUAAGCAGGAGGGAGACAGACAGCAGCAGGAGGGAGAUGGACACCAGCAGGAGGAAGAUGGACACCAGCAGGAGGGAGAUGGACACCAGCAGGAGGGAAGUGGACAUAAGCAGGAGGGAGACAGACAGCAGCAGGAGGGAGAUGGACACCAGCAGGAGGGAGAUGGACACCAGCAGGAGGAAGAUGGACACCAGCAGGAGGGAGAUGGACACCAGCAGGAGGGAAGUGGACAUAAGCAGGAGGGAGACAGACAGCAGCAGAUGGGAGAUGUACACCAGCAGGUGGGAGAUGUACACCAGCAGGUGGGAGAUGUACACCAGCAGGUGGGAGAUGGACACCAGCAGGAGGGAAGUGGACAUAAGCAGGAGGCUGGGCACCAGCAGGAGGAAGGUGGACACCAGCAGGAGGGAGAUGGAUACCAGCAGGAGGGAAGUGGACAUAAGCAGGAGGGAGACAGACAGCCGCAGGAGGGAGAUGGACAUCAGCAGGUGAGAGAUGGACACCAGCAGGUGGGAGAUGGACACCAGCAGGAGGGAAGUGGACAUAAGCAGGAGGGAGACAGACAGCAGCAGGAGGGAGAUGGACACCAGCAGGAGGGAGAUGGACACCAGCAGGAGGGAGAUGGACACCAGCAGGAGGGAAGUGGACAUAAGCAGGAGGCUGGGCACCAGCAGGAGGAAGAUGGACACCAGCAGGAGGGAGAUGGAUACCAGCAGGAGGGAGAUGGACAUCAGCAGGAGGGAGACGGACAGCAGCAGGAGGGAGAUGGACAUCAGCAGGUGGGAGAUGGACACCAGCAGGUGAGAGAUGGACACCAGCAGGAGGCUGGUCACCAGCAGGAGGGAGAUGGACACCAGCAGGAAGGAAGUGGACACCAGCAGAAGGCUGGUCACCAGCAGGAGGGAGAUGGACACCAGCAGGAGGCUGGUCACCAGCAGGAGGGAGAUGGACACCAGCAGGAGGGAAGUGGACACCAGCAGGAGGGACAACAACUGGAGCAGCUCCUGGUGGAACUGAAAGCAAAGUGGGAAACCUUGUGUGAGAGAGCGACAGAGAGGGAACGGGAUCUGCAGGAGGCUGUGCUGCUCUCUGGACAAGUGUCAGAUGCUCUGCGUGCGAUGAUUCACUGGCUGUACACAGUGGAACCACUGCUCACGGAGGACGUGUUGCUUGGGGGUGACCGGGAGUCAGUCAACAAACUCAUAGAGAACCAUAAGGUAUGAGAGCAA